ACAAAGAAGCGGAUAGUUGAACGGCAGCGACCCAGCCGAGGGUGAUUGUAACUGGAUGUCCUUGGCUCGACGAACGCGUCUGGACCAGAGGCUGACUGUGGAGGAAAAGCCAUUCUGAAGCGAAUGAAGAAGCAUCUAAUCUUCCACUUCACAUACAGAGGACUUCUUACGAAAGGAAAAAAGAGUAAAAGAAGAAAAUGGAGUAUAAAUUGCGAAAGGCUGAACCCCGGGAUGUCUCUGAUAUAUUACGAUUGGUGAAGGAGCUUGCUAAAUACGAAGAGAUGGAGCACCAGGUGACACUGACCGAGAAAGAACUCCUUGAGGAUGGAUUUGGUGACACCCCGUUCUACCACUGCAUCAUUGCUGAAAUCCCAGGAGACAACAUCAGUGAUGAUCCAAAAGUGGUGGGUUUUGCCAUGUACUACUUCACCUAUGACCCCUGGGUUGGCAAACAACUCUACCUGGAGGAGUUCUAUGUGAUGGAUGAGUACAGAGGAGCGGGUAUCGGUUCAGAGAUUCUGCGGCACCUAAGUGAUCUGGCGAUGAAGACGCGCUGCACCGGCAUGAUGUUCGUAGUGGCGGAGAACAACGAGCCAUCGCUCCAGUUCUACAAGCGGCGUGGCGCUGAGGACCUCUCCCAGGAGGAGGGCUGGAGACUGUUCAGGUUUGACAAGGACAGCCUCAUCAAGAUGGCCACUCCGGCUGAGGAAUGAAGAGCAGCCUGCCAGAGUGUUGGAGGGAGAGGAGGAAACGGACUCCGAGCCUCCGAGGCUCUCCUCUCCAUUCAGAAUUCUAGGAGUUCAUAUUCUAAACAAGGAGAAUAGUCAUAGUUUAUCACAGUAAAUUGAUUCUGUAGUUCAGUAUUUCUAACAUGUAUUUCUAAAUCACUUACAUGUAUUCUAACCUUACUUGUUUAAUGUAAGAUCACUUACAGUUUCAAUAAAUUGAUCAUACACGUCA